AUGGAACUGUUGAACAAAAGUGUAGACUUUGCAAAGACGAAGAAAAAAUGGGUUCUUGUUUUGGGGGCGCUGGGGUUCACUGGUUAUGGUGCGUACAGGGUUUACAACUUGCCUUCUGUUGUUAAGAAGAGGCAAAGAUUGUUGAAACUGUUGGGUGCAUUCAUUUCUGUAGCUGAAAUGGUGUCCGAUUCAGCUGAGGGAAUUGGGAUUGUUUCAAAAGAUUUGAAAGAGUUUCUGGGGUCGGAUUCUGAUCAAAUUCCUCAGAGUUUGAGGCAAAUUUCUAAAAUUGCUAGGUCCGAUGAAUUUUCCGAGUCGGUAACUAAGAUCACAAGAGCUUUGACAGUGGGAAUUCUGCGAGGAUAUCAACAUGAGAUGAUGAAAAAUUGUACAUCUUUGAAUGGUGAUCCGGGUUUCUCCGACAGGGUUAUGGAUAAGUUGUUUUCGGAUUCAGGCUCUGGUUUUGCUUCUGUAGUUGUUGGGAGUUUUGCUAGAAAUCUGGUAAUGGCCUUAUACUCAGAAUGGCAACAGGAUCGAGGUUCUGGGUUGAAUGAUCUUCCAAAUGCAGAUCAGUUUGUUUCCAGAUUGGUUGAGGUUGCCUGUGAGGCUAAGUGUAGAGAGCUGAUCGGGGAUUGUAUUCGACUAUUUGUGAGCACAGCUGUGGCUGUUUAUCUUGAUAAAACGAUGAAUAUCAACACCUAUGAUGAAAUCUUCUCUGGUUUGACUAAUCCUAAGCAUGAAGCUAAAGUACGAGAUAUGUUGGUUUCUGUCUGCAGUGGUGCAAUAGAAACGUUAAUCCGAACAUCUCAUCAUGUCUGGACUACAGAAUCAGCUGCUGCUUCGAAGUUGAAAUCUACUUAUUCCAAGAUUGAUGAUGAAGAUGUUUUUGGUGUAGUUCCAACCACGUUUCGAGCAAAGAAAUUGAUCGAUGAAAAUCAAGAGAGUGGAUGGGUGAGGAAGAUGUCCUCGACAUUGACUGUGCCAAGUAAUAGGAAGUUUGUUCUUGAUAUGACUGGGACAGUAACCUUCGAAACAGUCAGAUGUUUUCUGGAGUUUCUGCUUCAGAAGCUUUCAGAGUGCAUGAAGAGAAGUGUUGAUGUUGUCCAUGAGGAAGUGGUCGAUAGGGGAGUUGAAGCAAUGAGAUAUGUGAGUGGCAGAUCGUCUGCAGUCACUUCUUUGUGUCUUACUUUAUGUUUGAACAUAUUGAACAGCCCUUGGGUUCUUGUUCCCAACUAG